AUGGACUCGUCCGGGUCAAAGGACAAAAAGCCCGUCCCCAAAUUCGGCAGCUUCAAGCUACCUUCAGCCAUUGAUACAACAGAAUCGCCUAAUCACCCUCAAAGCAAUUCUGAGCUCGCCGAUUCCAAGGCUCGUUCAUCACGGCGAUCUGACAGAAGCACUCGUGAGAGAUUGCAUGAUCACCCAUCUCGCUCACAUCAUAGUCGCCACUCUUCCUCCAAAGACCAUCACCAUUCACGAAACCGUCCCCCUUCCAGCAAACGCGAUCUACCCAUCGAACAAAGUUCAUCUAUCGAAUUAAGCAGAACUCAAGGUGGUCACUGGCUCCCUGAUCGAGUGCUCGCCGUCCAAUUAAAUAACCCUGGUAGCAACUUGCCGGAACGAGCAGACACUGUCUCAACAACUAACGAUUCCAACCAUGACUCCUCACCCGAAUUUUUCCUUGAUUCCAAGGGUGACCGGGAUAUCCUCACAUAUGGCAUAGAGAACCGCUGGGGUGUACCACGUUACCGCCGCACUGGGGGAGGCUUUAUCCUUGGACUUGGUCGCACACACAGGAUUGAUCGAGACCAGUCCCAUGGGGACCAAAUAGUGUUGCGCCCAUGCGCGUUCGCAGACUCAUCAUUGAGAGAUGGAGAACACAACCUCUCAUUCAAGCCUUCCAAGCUGCCAUUGCCCGAGUAUCAUAUUCGUGGCUCGGCUGUGUCUGCCCUCGGGGUAGACGAUGACUUCGUCUUGAUUGGCGGAGAGGAUUGGGACCCACCGGAGAUAGAACAGACCACCGAACAAAUCGGUCUCGACGCCGAAAGAAAAACUCGGAACGCAACCCUAUGGAAGACAGUUGAAGAUAACCCCCAGGAUGUCGGUGCAUGGCUUCGGUUUAUUGAUCACCAGAACGUGCUGAUUCUCGGCUCGCGAGAUGAAACCCAGUGCCUCACACACGAUGAGAGGACUAGCCUUGCGGAUUUGAAGUUGUCCCUGCAUGAAAAGGCCCUAAAGAAAGCCACCGAAAGUCCACACAGAGACCGCCUUUUGUUAGGCAGAUUGCAAGCUGGAGCACAGCUGUGGGAUUCUGAAAAGUUAUUGGCUCAGUGGAAAAAGACUCUAUUGGAGAAUCCUGAGUUCAUCAGCCUAUGGGUCAAGUUCCUCGACUUUUGUCAAACCGACUCCCCGGAUUUCACAUUUGGGAAGUGUCUCGCUCUUCAUGAGGAGUACUUGAGCCACGUCUCAUCCCUGAUUCCUCUCCGCCCCAACAUGGUUCAGGUUCUCGUCUACAUAUUCCUUCGUCUCACGCUUCUCUUCCGGGAAGCAGGCUACAGUGAGAUUGCAGUCGGUCUCUGGCAGGCUGUGCUCGAAUUUUGUUGCUUCAAACCCGACUUCCUCGAUGAUUUCGAUCAAACUUUGUCUUUGUUUCGUGAAUUCUGGGAUUCAGAAGUCCCUCGCAUUGGAGAAGAUGGAGCAAAAGGCUGGAGUAACAACACCAGCUCAGACCCAGACCCCAAAACUACGCAUUAUUCAUUCACUUUCUCCCUUGCAUCCAAUGUGGCCUCUUGGGUAGAGGCAGAGAGAGAGCAUAUCAUGGAAUCUCAAUUGCCAUGGCGCAGCUUAGAUGGAUCGAUUCCGAACGUCGACGACCCAUACAAAGUGACGCUGUUUUGUGACGUGGAUCAGAUUAUACGUUUAUUCCGUAAUUUGGCCCAGUCAGACGAGCUGAUCGAUGCUUUCCUGUACUUCAGUCAGUUGCCACACCUGACAUUUCCGAGCAAUAUCCAGACCACUCGUGUGUGGGGAUGGGACAACCUCCUACGCAACGAGUUCGUGACAGAUCAUCGCCUUGGGCUUUCUUCAUGGAUCCCGCUUCGUGACGAAGAAAGCGACAAGCCAGCAAAACCGUUUCUGUAUCCCUUGCAAAACUUUUUGCAUACCACUGCCACUCUGUUCGCUUCGCCUUGUCGGUGGUUCCACUCAUUCCAGUGGUGGGUCAAAUCCCGUUCAGUCCAACCACCUCUCAAGACCCAUGACUGGACGUUGCGGGUUUUGCGUGUUCUAGUUGAUCGGUAUCCGGAUGAUGAGGAGCUAGCGGAAUAUUUUUUAGCCUUGGAGUUCGCGUCCAAUCCUGUGAUGGGUAGGAAGUUUGCUAAGAAGACUGUGAAGAAGAGACCAUCCAGCUUGAGAUUAUGGAACGCGUUUGCUCUGAUGGAGUCAAGAAGUGAGGACGAUGAGGGUAGGAAAAAAGCGAAUGGAGUCUGGGCGACCGCUCUAUCAAUGAGCGUAACUUUCACAGACACUGAGCAAAAGGCAGACCGUGCUAUCCUUUGGCAGUCUUGGAUCUGGCAAUUCAUGGAAAGGGGCGAAAAGGCCCAAGCUUUGUAUGUCCUGCACAACAUAGCCGAGGAAAAACUUGACCCAGAGCAAAUUCCCAAGGAAGAGAGCUCGUCGUCCUUCCACCCCACCACAAUUGUCAAAGUACAGCGGUACUUACAAGCAUGCCAGGGCCAAGCUUUGGCAGCCAGAAGAGCUCAAGCAUAUGUAGCCUACACCGAUUGCUUGGGCCUCAUCUACUACCUUGCUAAGUGGCCGCUGAUGAGCACUUUGGAUAUUUAUGGCAAUGCCGUUUUGAGGCUCAAGGAACUAUCGCCAGACGAAGAGGCUUUCAAGGAGUUCACAGCAGAGCUACUUCAUCAAGCCCGCGCAAGAGUGCUGUACGACUGCCUAUGCCAAAAGGAACAAGACCACAGCCCUUUGGAAAUUCACGAGCUGUUAAGAGAGAGCACAGCCCUAUUCCCACAUAACACGAUCUUCCAGUCAAUGAGCAUGUGGAAUGAGUUCAGAAUCACAUCACUCGACCGGUUGCGAGAUCCGCUGAAGUUCACAAAGGAAGCCAUCGACAAUCAGUACCAACUAGAUCAAGCCUCUUCACCAAUCAUCCCUCCACAAUCGGUGCCGAUCUCAAGCUACCUUCUGCCUAUUUGGAUCCAGCUUUCUAGCCCACGUUCAACCACUGGUCCUGCAAGCUGGAUCGUCCGUCCAGCAUUCGAGAAGGCUCUAAGCGAAGUCCUCAAUCCUGCAGAAUUCCGCUCCGGUGGAGCGGCUGUACGGAGCCGCUUCGGCGUGGAAAGCGCAAGAUCAAAUCUCACAAUUUGGAAGCUAUAUAUGCUCUAUGAGCGUUACCACGUCAAGGACCUUGAAGCUGCCAAGGCAGUAUUUUUCCGCGCUAUUCGAGCGUGUCCAUGGUCGAAGGAGCUGAUCAUGUUUGCCUUCGAGCACCUGAGCGGAGGCAUGUCAAUUCCGCCUGGGGAGAUCCCCCCCAAAGGCAAGGGCUUGGAGGAAGACGAGCUGCGCCGGUUGGUGCUUGUUCUCGGUGAGAGGCAGCUUCGUCUACAUGUCCCUAUCAAGCUUGAGGCCAAUUCACCGGAUCGCUUUGAGGAAACUCAAGGUAGCUGA